AUGGAUGAGAAACAUCUUGCCAGCGAGCCAUUCGAUGUAUAUCCUCUACAUGCUCUGGAUGAUACCUUACUUUACCGCACGCUCAUAAGUCGGUUAAUGCGCUUCAAUGACGUUCUCGACGCCGACAAGCUACAUGAGGCGUUGCUGGGCUUGUUUGAAAUUGGAGAUUGGAGGAAGCUUGGAGGUCGGCUGAGGUUCAAGCAAAACGGCAAGCUUGAGAUCCAUGUCCCGCGGUCAUUCACAGAUGAGCAGCAGCCUGUGGCAUUCACCCACGAUGUUUUUGAUAUGAGAAUCGAGGAGCAUCCGGUGGCCGGCCAACUUCCUACACCAACCGAUGGCCCGUCAAUUCAACCUAUUUCCUCUCUCGACUGUCGGUCCUUUGUCGUACGUUGGCCCGACCAUCCAACAACGAUUGACGAAAUGAUUCAGAUGGAUGCACCUCAGCUGUCGUUGCAGAUUAGUUCUUUUAGCAAUGCAACUCUUGUGGCACUCACCUGGCCUCAGACGAUGAUGGACGCCGUGGGUAUUCAAGCCUUACUGCAGGCAUGGUCGCUGGUGCUAGCUGGUCGUGCAGAUGAGGUCCCACCGGCAUUCGGCGCACAUAAAGACGUUCUCGAGACUAUAGAAAGCUCCAAUGAUGGCAAGCAGGAGGAUUUUGGGCCUGAUGAACAGCGAAUGACGGGGAUGAGCAAGCUUACAUUCAUUUUCCAUAAUCUGUGGGACAGACUAUGGAACCCUCGCUGGGAACGUCGGGCAAUUUACCUUCCCAAGGAUAUCUACUUACGGCUGAAGAAACGAGUUCAAGAUGAAGCCGCCUUGAGUACUCUUACGAGUCUCGAGAAGCCCGUUGUCACCGAAAACGAUACACUUACGGCGUGGGUCACUCGCGCCGUCGCAAUGACUCUGCCCAAUCCACGUCCUGUGACCGCAGUGAUCCUCUCAAAUGCUCGGUUCCGACUUCCACUACUCCUGGAAUCGACUGGGGUUUACCUUCAGAAUAUGGUACUUAUGGGGCUCGCAUUCUUCCCCACCGAGCUUGCCAGAGGACCCCUCGGACCGAUUGCUCUCACUAAUCGACGUCAUAUUGCUGAGCAGGGCACAGUUCAACAGACCUUGGCUAUGCUGAGGACUAUGCGCCAGGAUAUCACGUCAGAUAAGACCCCGAAUCUCUUUUACGGCGAUCCGCACGCUAGUGUACUUUUUGUCAGCAAUGUGAAUAAGUUGGAUUUGAUCAAAGCUCCGAACUUUGGCCCGGCAGUGCUGCGCCAAGGUGAUGGAGAGAAGUCAAGGAUCAAUCCUCCAGGCACCAUGUUGAUAUAUCAUAACUACACCACCAAACCGCUCGUGGGUGGGACCAACGCUGUUUGGAUGCUUGGUAAAGACUACGGCGGGAAUUAUUGGCUCGAAGGAAAUUUCCUGCCGCGAACAUGGAACUUGCUUGAAGAAGAGAUAAAGGAUAUGGAAGGAACUGUUUGA